AUGUCUUCAAAUCCUGACCGUGUUCGCGUCAGAGGCAUUCAAAUCCACCGUCCAAUCAUUUAUGGAAAUACCGCGAUUCCUCUCCGGCCAGAGGAGAAAGAACUUGCGCCACCAGAGCACACACAUCGCUGGACUGUUGCUGUACGAAGUGCGGCUUCUGAAGCAAAUUCUGAUAUCGUAGGCGGAGCGGACGAUCUGAGCUACUUUCUGAAGCGUGUCACUUUCAAGCUGCAUGAGUCCUUCCCCAACGCCACACGCAACGUAGACAGGCCGCCAUUCGAGGUCACUGAGACUGGCUGGGGCGAAUUCGAGGUCCAAAUCCGCCUUCACUUUAUCCCCGAAUCCGCCGAAAAAGCCAUCCUCUUCUACCACCACCUCAAACUCCAUCCAUGGGCCCCCACCGGCACCGACCCCGCGCCCCCGACCGCGCCCUCCGAAUCGCCCAUCACGAACUACUCGCCCGUCCACUCCUGGCAAUACGACGAAGUCAUCUUCUUCGAUCCCUUCCAGAACUUCCUCAAUAUCCUCACCUCGCACCCGCCUACCCCCCUGCCGAAGGAAAAAAGGAGACCGUACCCGUUUCAUACGGCCAAUCCUGCGAGCCUGGAGGAGUCGAGGACGGCGGGUGUGCCGGAGUUUAGUCAGCAGUUGGAGAAGGAGGAGUUGGAGAGAUUGGAUACGGCGAAGAGGUUUGUGGUUGCUGAGCAGGUGAAGUGGAGGAAUAAGCUGAUUGAGAAGGAGAAGGAGUUGGCGAGGCUAAAGAAGGAAUUGGGGGAGUAG